GAGCUUUGUUCCCGCGCGGCUCCUGCCCGCCGGCCCCGCGGCGUCCCCGGGAAGGUUAAGGCCACGGGUCGGGCCGCGAAGACCCGGGCGAACGCGGAGCCGCCCAGGGGCCUUUUGUUUUCGGAACCAGAGCCUUCCCAGGGCUGAGUGACCGUUAGCCGCGGCUGCAGCGGGCUCCGGUCCCGCGUCCGGCAGGAGAUAAAAACAUUCAGAUGGCAGAUAACAGUUUUUCAGAUGGGGUUCCUUCAGAUUCCUUGGAAGCUGUUAAAAAUGCAAGUAAUACAGAAAAGCUCGCAGACCAGGUGAUGCAGAAUCCUCAAGUUUUGGCAGCUUUACAGGAACGACUUGACAGUGUCUCCCACACUCCUUCAAGCUACAUCGAGACUUUACCCAAAGCAGUAAAAAGAAGAAUCAAUGCACUGAAACAACUUCAGGUGAAAUGCGCUCAUAUAGAAGCCAAGUUCUAUGAAGAAGUUCAUGACUUGGAAAGAAAGUAUGCAGCAUUAUACCAGCCUCUCUUUGACAAGAGAAGGGAAUUCAUCACUGGUGAUGCUGAGCCGACAGAUGCAGAAUCCGAAUGGCACAGUGAAAAUGAAGAGGAGGACAAAUUGGCCGGAGACAUAAAAAAUAAAGCAGUCAUAGCAGAAAAAGAAGCAGCAGCAGCAGAAGAGCCAAACCCAAAAGGAAUUCCAGAGUUCUGGUUUACCAUCUUCAGAAAUGUAGAUAUGCUAAGUGAAUUAGUUCAGGAAUAUGAUGAGCCAAUCCUGAAACACCUGCAGGACAUCAAAGUGAGAUUUUCAGACCCUGGACAGCCUAUGUCUUUUGUAUUAGAGUUCCACUUUGAACCCAACGACUACUUUACCAAUUCAGUCCUGACAAAAACGUACAAGAUGAAGUCAGAGCCAGAUAAGGCCGAUCCCUUUUCUUUUGAAGGUCCUGAAAUAGUUGACUGUGACGGGUGUACCAUUGACUGGAAGAAAGGAAAAAAUGUAACAGUCAAAACCAUCAAGAAAAAGCAGAAACAUAAGGGCCGAGGCACCGUCAGAACAAUCACCAAACAAGUCCCCAACGAUUCCUUUUUCAACUUCUUCAAUCCGCUGAAAGCAUCAGGGGAUGGAGAAUCACUGGAUGAAGACUCCGAAUUCACGUUAGCCUCCGACUUUGAAAUUGGACACUUCUUCCGUGAGCGGAUCGUGCCGCGCGCUGUACUCUACUUCACGGGGGAGGCCAUAGAGGACGACGACAACUUUGAAGAAGGUGAGGAAGGAGAGGAGGAGGAAUUAGAAGGUGACGAGGAGGGAGAAGAUGAGGACGAUGCCGAAAUUAACCCCAAGAAGGAGGCCAGCCAGCCCUCGGAGUGCAAGCAGCAGUGAGGCGCCGCUCGCCCGUGUGGACACGUGCUUACGCCUAACUUGUUUUCAAGUGCAUGAUUUUCACUUUCACUUCUCCUUUUACUUUAUUAUUUUGCUUAACCUGUACAGUGGCAACUCAGCUGCAUUUCAGAAACAGGAGGUUUAAUUCCAGCACCCUCUACGGCCUUGGGUGUGGCUCAGUGGGCCCGCCCAGCCCUGCCUAGGGGAGGGCCUCGCAGAAGGCGGGGCGGGGGUGUAUCACUUGACGCCGGGGCACGUGUCCAGGGUGCAGUUCCAGGGCGUGUAUAGCCAGUUCACGCCUCCCGCCGUCAGACGGGAUUCCUGUUGGAAGAAGCCCACACGCAGUUCCCAGGUGUCCCUGGGGAGCCGCAGGGUCGGCGCCAUGUCUCAUCCUGCUUGCUCUUGGGUUUUAUUUCCUUCGGGGCUGGGGUGAGGGUUGCGGCGCCCGCUGAGCCUGAGGCGCGAGCUUUUGUAGUUCAUCUCGUAUUUAUUUCUCUCUCACGCUUGUGAGGGCUUGGGACAUGAGCUGUCCUUCGAGUUUAUGAGACCCUGUGGGCACUGGAGACCCGGUGCCCCGAGCAAGAGUUGGUGGUCCGCCCGCAUGGAAGAAGGCCCUCCCUCCUGCCAGCCGUGGGCCAGGGCUGGUUCUCGGGACGCCCGGACCACGCUUGGCGCUGAGGACGGGGGUGGGGCUAUGGGCAGAGCCAGGGUUUUGCCAGGCUUCACGGGGAGGGGCUCGGGCAGGAAAAUACAGCUUUCCCACGUAGUGUGUAAAAUGUCUUGCUUUCUCGGUAGCUCCCAUUUCUCAGCCUCACAUUCACCUUGUCUUAAAAGCCCUGGGUUCCGAGCGACCCGUUCUUGGCUGGAAUGUGGGUGUGGAGUGUGUGACCUCUGGCCCCAGGGGCAUCCACGCUGUGGCCCGGCUGUAGAGUGCUCAGCCUUACUUAUGAUACAUUUGUAACUGAAUACAGUGUUUUCAAUUUGUACAGACGAGUUAGAAUAUUCUAUUAAAGUUGUGAACUGCGAA